AUGGCUCUAUGUGCAUGUUGUUCAAAAGUCUCUACAGCAGAUCUUCUUGUUUUAGGGGCUAUCCAGAUUAUGAUUGGCAUCUUUAGUGUUUUCAUGUGGUAUCUCCUAUUGAUUUUGUAUAUAGGACAAAUUAAAGGAGUCUUUGGGACAUAUGAACCUAUAACUUACAAAACAGGAUGUUCUUUAUGGGGAAUUAUUUUUAUCAUUUCAGGAGUCUCCAUAAUAAGAGUAGCAAGGCAUCCACCUCCACGCCUGCUUACAUGUACUAUGAUCAUGAACAUCUUAUGCAUAAUUGUUGCAGUUAUUGCAGUGGUUCUAACAGUAAUGGAGUUGUCUUCUUUUGAGUCUGUGUCGUAUAGGAAUUACAGACAAGCGAAACUUGGGAGAGAAAUUUCACGUGUUUUACUGGGCUUCUACCCCUUGGAAUUGUGUAUUGCUUUCACAUACACGAUCUUCGGCUGUGUUGGUUUGAUCCAUCAGAGCUCCAAGGCCCCCACCGCGCAGGUGUCCCCGCGGGGCUCCUCGCGCAGCCGCGCCCGGAAGCCGAGCUCUUGGUCACAACUGCGGCGUUGGAACCGCGCGGGGGGCGAUGAGGGGCACAACCGAGGAAGCAGGACCCACUCUGCAAGUGCUGCCGCCAGGACUUCCGGAGCCGAAAAGUCCGGAGCUGAGGGCAUCACCUGCGAGAUCACGCCCCUCUAG